AGAAUACAAGAGAAAGAAAAAAAAAAAAAAAAAGGAGCGGCGAGAGUGAAGUUGGAGUUACUAACAAUGUAUGGUGACGCCACCAACUGGGACGAAAAUGCAUACAGGGAAACGGUUCUCAAGGAGAGGGAAAUCCAAACGCGAACCGUUUUCCGAACCGCUUGGGCUCCGCCCUACAAUCUCGACACUCUCCUUGUUGCCUCUAGCGACGGUUCCGUCGCAUCCUACUCCAUCUCUUCCUCCAUCGCCGCUUCUAAGCUAAAAAACCCUUUUGGUUUUGUUAAUGCGGAUACAGAUAAAUUGUCAGUUGAACCUAAUUGCUUCAUUCAAGCGCAUUGUGGACCUGCGUAUGAUGUCAAAUUUUAUGGUGACGGUGAAGAUGCUUUGUUGCUGAGCUGUGGUGAUGAUGGUCGGAUUCGAGGAUGGAAGUGGAAGGAAUUUUCAAGCCCUCGGUAUUCUGUUUCUUCACAAGGAAAUGACACGAAGCCUGUACUUGAUAUGGUGAAUCCUCAACACAAAGGUCCUUGGGGUGCGCUUUCACCUAUUCCUGAGAAUAACGCUCUUGCUGUUAAUACUCAGGAGGGAUCAGUUUUUGCUGCAUCUGGUGAUUCUUGUGCAUAUUGUUGGGAUGUGGAAACUGGCAAAGUGAAAAUGGUAUUCAAGGGGCACAUGGAGUAUUUGCAUUGUAUAGUUGCACGCAACUCGUCCAAUCAGAUCAUAACAGGUUCGGAGGAUGGGACAACACGAAUUUGGGAUUGCAAAAGUGGAAAGUGUACCCAAGUAAUUGAUCAAGUAAAACAUUUGAAGUUGAAAGGAUCUGCUUCGUGGGUUGGCUGUGUUGCUUUAGAUGCAAGUGAGAGUUGGUUGGCUUGCAGUAGUGGACGAAAUAUAUCACUUUGGAACCUGCCUGCUUCUGAAUGUGUAUCAAAAAUUCCAACGCGUGCUACUGUACAGGACAUGUUAUUUGACAAUAAUCAAAUUUUGACUGUUGGUACAGAUCCUCUGCUCAAUCGCUUUGACAUGAAUGGCACGAUCCUUUCACAAAUACAGUGUGCUCCUUCGUCAUCUUUUUCUAUCUCCUUACAUCCUGCAGGGGUUAUGGCAGUUGGAGGCUAUGGUGGCCUUGUUGAUGUUAUCUCACAAUUUGGCAGUCACAUGUGCACAUUUCAUUGUUAAGCAAAGUUCUCAGGUAGUUUGAAAAUUCUGAUACCUCAGGAUCAAGAACCCAAUCAAUUUCUAAGUCAGCGGUGACAAGCUUUGGGAUUAAGAUAGUUUUUGGCCUAACUUAUUUAUAAUUUUCUUCUCCUUAUAAGAAGAAACACUAUAUAUAAAAGAUAAAAAAAAAAAAAAAAAAGUAGUAUAUUUUUUAAAAGAAAUCAUGAAGUAUUAAAUAAGCUAAUUGGUGGAGCUUCUCUGAAGUGUUUAUUUAUGGAGCUUCUUAAGUUGGAUAUCAUAAUCCUGUCUAUCUAUGUUUUA